CGACGACAUUCCUAGGGAACAGGCUCCAUGCCAAACUUGACCGUCAUGCCUGCCAUGCCCAUGAUGACACCCAUGCCCAUGGCCUCCAUGAGCCCGAUGCCACCGCUGAUGCCCUUAGGCCUGACGUCUGGCUUCGCCCCCAGACCGCCCUCCAUCUUGUCCAUGCCUCUCAUUCCCACAGUUGGCACACCGACUCUGGCUAAUGGCACCAGUGGCUUCCUUCAGCCCAUCCCAGCCAACGGUCAGAUUGCGCCCCUAGCGAAUCUUCCCCUUUCCAGCUCUUUCACGUCCAGCCCGUUGAGUUUUGCCAGCCCCCCAGUGACCAAGUCGAACUCCCUUCUGGACCUUGGGUCAAGCAGCUCCAACUCCUCCUCCACCACCUCCCUAGCAAGCAACUCCCCCAAGACGGGCACCUCCGACUGGGCGGUGCCACAGGCCUCGCGGCUGAAGUACCGGCAGCAGUUCAACAGCUUGGACAAGCAGAUGAUUAACUACCUCUCAGGUGUGCAGGUCAGGAACGUUCUGGCCUCAUCCCAGCUCACUCAGACUCAGCUAGCCACUGUUUGGAACCUGGCAGAUGUGGACAAGGACGGCCAGCUGACAGGGGAGGAGUUCAUCCUGGCUAUGCACCUGGUGGACAUGGCGAAGGCCGGACAGCCGCUGCCCCUCACGCUUCCCGGGGACCUGGUGCCCCCCUCCGUCAGAACGGGGAAGCAGGGGGAAUUGCUUCCUUUGAAUCGCACCAUCGUCCCUGAAGAAAUUCAAGUUGAACCACCCCAGAAGACAAAGAGUAAUGUUUCGUUCGAGGACAAGCUAAAGGAGAACUUCCAGCGGGGAAACGCUGAGCUGGAGAGGCGGCGGCAGGUCUUACAGGAGCAGGAGCGGCGCGAGCAAGAGAGGCGGGCCCAGAAGGCCCGGGAGGAGCAGGAGCGGCGUGAGCAGGAGGCACGGGAGCAGGAGAGGAGUCGGCAACAGGAGCAGGAGCGGCGGCUGGAGAGGCAACGCGAGCUGGAAUGGCAGAAGGAGGAAGAGCACUUAAAGGAGCUGGAACGCAAGGAGGCUGCUAAGCAGGAGCUGGAGCGUCAGAGGAAGAUGGAGUGGGAGCGGAGGAGGCGACAGGAGCUGCUGAAUCAGAGGAACCAAGAACAAGAGGACAUCAUCAAGCUUAAGGCCAAGAAGAGGAGCUGGAGCUGGAGGGGCGUGACUGAGAAGGACAUCGUCUGUCGGAAACUCAAGGAGCAGCUGGAUGUGCUGGAGAAGGAUACCGUGGCAAAACUGUCGGAGAUGGACCAGUACAACGUGGACAUCAAGGAGCUCCGGGAAAGCCAGACCAAGCAGCAGCAGGUCCUGGACAGACUGCGGCAGGUCAAGGCCGACAAGCUAUGUGACCUGCAGCGGAGGCGAGAACUGGAGUUGGAGAGGAGGAAGAGAGAGGAGGAGGAGGCGGUCAGGCAAGCCAAGCUGGAGAAAGAGCGGCAGUGGCGUGUGAAGUUGGAGCGGGAGGAGGAGGAGCGGCGGAGGAGGAUCCAGGAGGAGCGGGAGGCCAAGCUGAAGGAGGAGGAAGAACGUGAGCGUGAACUCCGGGCCAAACUGCGCGCCGCUCAGGAGCAGGCUGAGCGGAACCGCCGGGCCGCUGAGGAGGAGGAGAGGAGGAGGCAGGAGGAAGCCCAGAAGAGGGAGGAGGAGAAGAGGAUAGAGGAGGAGAGGCGGCGAGAGGAACAUAAAAGGGCGGAGGAGGAGAGGAGGCAGAAGGAAGAGGAGAGGAGGCGGCAAGAGGAGGAGCGGAGAAAGGUGGAGGCAGAGAGAAGGAAGCUAGAGCUGGAGAGGAAAAGACUGGAAGAAGAGAAAAAGAGAUUUGAGGAAGAGAGGAGGAGGCAGGAGGAAGAGAGAAGGAGGCAAGAGGAAGAGAACAGAAGGAAGAAGGAGGAGGAGCAGGAGCUGGAGAGGGAGAGGGAGGAGGAGGAGAGAAGACGUCAGCGGGCUCAGAUAGCUGCUGUCAGGGAUGCAGAGGAGCGGAGGAGACAGGAAGAGGAGCGGAGGAGACAGGAAGAGGAGCGGAGGAGACAGGAAGAGGAGCGGAGGAGACAGGAAGAGGAGCGGAGGAGGCUGGAAGAGGAGAAGAAGAGACAGGAAGAGGAGAGACGGCGAGAGGAGGACAGGAGGAGAAAGCAACAGGAGGAGGAGGCCGUGGCCAGACAGCGGGAGGAAGAGGCCCGGCAGCAAAAGCAGCAGCAGCAGCACAAUUUAGGCAAGACAGACAUUCAUGAGAAGCUGUCGGCCCUGAUCAGGGGCCUAGAGGAGCGAAAAGGGAAUUUGAGACCCGUCAAGUCAACACACAGGAAAUCGGCCUCCCUGACAACCUACAGAGCCCUGUACCCCUUCACAGCACGGAACGCGGACGAGCUCACCUUUGACACGGACAGCUUGAUUGAGGUAUACAGAGUGCACCCCCAUAUUUAG